AUAAAUGAAAGAUAGGAGCACUCGCCGGUGUGCGACGCAUAUAAGACCGGCAUGUAUAAAAAAAUUGCUUUAUCACGUUGAUACAAGCGUAUACGCAAAUGGCUUCAGCGAAGAUCGAGUUUGCGGUACAUAUGACAUGUGAGAAAUGCGUCAAUGCAAUUUCCAAGAGUCUGGCGGAUCUGGAUGGCAUCCGGAAUGUCGACAUAUCGUUAGAACGCGGCGCGGUCACCCUUGAGACAAGUCUACCUUACUCCGUCAUACAGGAAAGAAUCGAAAGGACUGGAAGACAGGCAGUGUUGAAGGGAUUCGGAGAUGGAUUAAGCGCUGUGUCAAUGCUGGGUGGAAACUCAGGAUACAGCGUGAGCAAUCAGAUCAGAGGGGUAAUAAGAUUUGCAGAAACUCCAGAGGGAUGUAUCAUAGACGGUACGAUUGACGGUUUAACUCCGGGCGAGCACGGUAUGCACAUACACGAGUGCGGUGAUAUAUCUAACGGCUGUGACAGCGUAGGCGAACAUUUUAACCCAAAUAAUUCACCACACGGUGGACCCGAGGAUGAUUUGUCCAAGAGGCAUGUCGGUGAUCUUGGUAAUGUCCUAGCAGACGCUGCUGGCAGAGCUACGUUUUGGAGGAUAGACAAAUUUCUUAAGAUACCUGACAUUAUUGGCAGAUCUCUCGUUUUUACCAAGGAUCCAGACGAUCUUGGAAGAGGCGACAGUCCAGAAUCUAAGAUAAAUGGGAAUAGUGGAGCUAGGUUGGCUUGUGGCAUUAUAGCUAGAUCAUCUGGAUUAUUUCAAAAUACGAAGAAGAUUUGCGCAUGCGACGGACUCACUUUAUGGGACGAAAGAGAUCGGGCACGCGCGAAUAACCAUGAACGCUACCUUGAACCUUACGCGCUACACGACAGUUAUUUAGUAAUCGACGGCAAUAAUAUAUGUUGUCAAUUAUACAUGUGGCACGUGAAAUGCAAUUGCGCUUUCGGUGGCGAUUACGACAAGUAUGCGCAAUGCGUGAGAGAUUUUUUCGAUAAACUCUUAAUUUGCAAGGUCACCCCGUUAGUUUUGAUUGACGGUGGCUGCGAAGACAAGAAGCUGAAGACCAUUGUGUCUCGAACUAAACAGAAGAAUGAGAUCGCGUUAAAAUAUACCUUGUCUUCUCAGCAUAGAACUAAAUUCCUUCCGCUGCUUUUAAAAGAGGUCUUCAAAGAUGUGAUGAAUGAGAGAGGCAUCAGAUACGCACAGUGCAUAUUUGAAGCAGACAAUACCAUAGCUGCGAUAGCACGCAUUCUCAACUGUCCUGUAUUGAGCUACGACUCUGAUUUCUAUAUUUACGGAUCUUUAUACAUACCGUUCAAUACGCUGGAACAUGACGUAGUGCGUAACCCGAUAGGCGGAGGUUACAUGAAACGUUGCAAAAUUUAUCGCGUUGAGAAACUCUUCCGGGUUUACUACGGAUUGAAUCAGUCUUUGUUGUUCUUAGCAGCAGUAUUAUUGGGGAAUGACUAUGUAAAGCAACACAUGUUUAAAAACUUCUUUCGUCAUUUGCCACAAAUGGACAAAAGGAGAUUCAACAAUGAACAACAACGGCGUAUAAACGGCACGUUCCAAUGGCUACGAAGACGCAAUUUAAAUGAAGCCGUAAUAGGGGUACUGAGUAGAUUGCGGAAACAAGAACGCAAACGCGUAUUGAAUACGAUAGAAAUGGUAAUAAACGGUUAUAUCAAUGCACCACUGAGCGUGCUACAUACGCUAGGUUUUCCUGCAGAAGUUUUUUCGAAGGCAAGCAUGCAGAAUAUGUUCAAAAUGUACAAAUUUGAAGGUGAUAUAUAUAAUUUGACGUAUAUCGAUGAAAAGACCAAUGAGACGCAACUGAGCGAUGAGGAGGAAACGGAAGACAAAGAAAUAGCAAGCAUACUUGAAGAGAGAGAGUUGGUCUCUAAUGAGUCUCUGGUUGACAAUUUGCCUAAGUGGUUUAUUCAUGAAUUCAAACAGUGCAGAUUUUCUUCCUAUUUCAUAGAUUUAAUAAUAAGAAAGUUAUAUGUUUGUCCUACGCAGAUUGAAGAUCCCUCCCAAGUUUCAUCUAUUCAUAUAAGUUUAAAAAUUAUAGGUGUUAUUUAUGGAUUGUUGAUAUCAGGAGUCAAAGGAAGGAAAACCAACAUGGAAUAUAUAACCAGAGACGAGAAUAAGGGGAUAAAGCGUUAUCAAUUGGAGUACAGCAAUAAUAUGUUUGGUUGCGAACUACCUUCUUUACUCAACUUGAGAGAAUUAUCCAUUGUUACUCGAAGAGAAAUUAUAAAUACCGCUUUGACGAUCUCUAAUGCAAGUUACAUAAACGAAAUUCCAUCGAGUUUGAUGUUGUAUAUUGCAACCAUGAAGUACUGGAUAGGUCAACAACAGGAACCGUCUAAAUUCAAUUGUCACGUAUAUGCUUUAUUAUUCGCUUUGUUAUUUAACAUAAUCGAUUACCAUAUAGGCUUAUAUAGAAUCCUGAGCAAAUUCUGUCAGAGAUUUAAUAAAACUGUGGACAAUAUUCGACACCAAAGAAAAACGACAAACUAUCGGCCACAAUACUCAAAUAAUACUACACUUGCAAAUGCAAUUCACGAGGUUAAUCCUGAUGACUGCUUACUUGCAGCUGCAUUCUUCGUAUCUAAUUUCGAAGUAGAUCAGAAACUGUAUACGCAACCGAAAAAAUUCAAUAUUACAAUUGUUCAUGGUUUUGCAGAGUUUCAAAAUUGCUUGAGGCAUAUUCUAAACUUAAACGCAUUAUUGGGAUAUCCAUAUGAACCAACCAAGGUUGCUACUGUGUUCAAUGGUACAUUAUUGUACAAUUUAUGUAGCAAUUUUAAAAAACGUGACGACGUUGAAGUUUACAUCAAUUUAAUGUUGCAAGAUUCCCCGAGUUUGUCGCGUUUAUUUAACGUACUUUUAUCAAAAGUCAAACCUUUGCUUGAUACUGCACUGGCGUGGAAAGCCAAUAAGUGUAAAAAGCAAAAAACAAAAAGAUAUGAAAAGAAGAAAGCUACACACGAAGAAAAUUGUGAAGAAGAAAAAAUGUGCGAAAGCACCAGCGAAGAAGGAUCCUUCUACGAUGCAAAUAAUCCUUUUUCUGUGCUUGGAGCCAUGCAGCAUUAAGCUUUUUAUUGUAUAUAAU